AUGGAUAGCAGCUAUAUUGCGUGGAGAGUUGUUCAAGACACGUGGACAAAGCAGUAUCAAGCUCUAGGUCGUACUCCUUCUUUGGCAGUCCAAGCUUUCUUCGAUGCGCGAAAUCUAUUCAGUCGUGGUCAAACAAUUCUUCUCUACCAAGCCAAGGAGACAACAACGGGAGAAUACCAUGUGUGCAUUCCUUCAACAACGUGCGACAAUCUACGACAAACCUUGACCAAGCUCAUGCAACAACUUGAUCCACAACUUCCUGUACCCGAGUGGCCUUCAGCGACUUGUAGUUAUAUGGAUCCAAUCGAGUUCCCAGUCAGCGACCGUAAUGCUUUUCAACGUGUAUUCAAAAAGACCAAAAAAGCAAAUGCAACUGCAACCAAACUACGUGAAGCACAUGAUGCUUGGAGAUAUGCCGCUGAACUUGCACGAUCACCAGGGGAGUAUGUCUUAUGCAGCAUCGAUAUUGAAGCAUGGGAGCAGGAUCACAGCAUUUUACUUGAAAUUGGAUGGACGUUGUACGAUACCAGAACCGAUCGUUACAUGGAUCAGCAUUAUCUUAUCAGCAGUUAUCGUCAUUUAUCGAAUGGCCGCUAUGUCGAUGAUCAAAAGUUACGUUUCAACUUUGGCACAUCAGUGUGGUGCACCUUACCACAAGCCCUUGCAGAGCUCAAAAAGGAUCUGGAUUGGUGCGUCAAGCGUGAUGGUGGAUUUGUUCUUGUUGGCCAUGGUCUCGAUAGUGAUCUCAAGUAUCUGCGACAGGCCAAGUUCUUGUGGCCAGGGCGCCAUCCUGGUGUGGACGACACUCUUGAUAUCCAACAAAGUGCAUUGAUUACUAUCAUCAAUACGGAUGUUCUUUAUGGUGCGUCUGUUAACGAUCUACACAAUCCUCCUUCCCUUGGUAGAACACUAUCGUUAUUCGAGAUUGAUCAUUGGUGUCUACAUAAUGCUGGCAAUGACGCUCAUUAUACCAUGGUUUUACUCAAAGCAUUGGUUGACAAAUUGGAUGAUACCACAAGCUGA